CUCCUCCAAAGCCAUUUUGGUAUAAAAAUAUAUUUAUCAUUGUAGGUCAGCACGAGAUGAGUAUCAUUCCACAAAGCUGAGCUCAUUACAGUAACCACACCAGUCCUAUCACACUCACUCUCUCAUUCACUCAUCGUCAACCGCUUCGUCAACCGAUGCCCAAAAGAACACUUGGAGAUGCCAAAAGGACACUUGGAUAUCCCCAAAAUAAUACUUGGAGAUGCCAAAAGGACACUUGGAAAUACUAAAAAGGACACUUGGAGAUGCCCAUAAGGACACUUGGAGAUGCCCAAAAGGACACUUGGAGAUGCCAAAGGGACUAUUGGAGAUGCCCAAAGGGACACAUGGAGACAAACAAAAGAACAUUUGGAGAUGUCAAAAGGACACACAGAGAUGCACAAAAGGACACUUGGAGAUGCCAAAAGGACACUUGGAUAUCCCCAAAAGAACACUUGGAGAUGCCCAAAAGGACACAUGGAGAUUCCCAAAAGUGCACUUGGGAAUGCCAAAAGAACACUCAGAGAUACUCAAAGGGGCACUUGGAGACCAUCCAAAAGGACACUUGGAACACUUAGAGACCCCCAAAAUGACAACUGGAAAUGACAACGGAAAAGACAUUAAAUGAUACUUGGAUAUACCCAAAAGGACACUUGGAGAUGCACAAAGGGUCACUUGGAUCUCUCCAAUGGGACAAGUGGAGAUGUCCAAAAGGACACUUGGAGAUCUCAAAGGGACACUUGGAGACAUCCAAAUGGACAGUUGGAGACAUCCAAACGACAAAUUGACAACUGGAGGUGUCCAAAAUGACAAAAGGAAAUGUCCUAAAAGACACUAGCGACAUUGGAGCACGUGGGGAUACCCAAAAGGAACCCUAGAGAUACCCAAAGGGACACUUUGAGACCCCCAAACUAAAAACUGGAGAUGGUACACCUACUGCUACAUCUCACGGCAACUAGAACAUUAAUGUCUUACUCCAUGAAAUUUAAUUCCAUUUAUAAAAAUGGGCGCUUUCAUGGCCGGAUUCAGAAAGAAGUAUUGUUUUUGUUUUUUUAGUUUAAAGUAAAAGCUAAAGGUGUGCAUGUGAGGUCAUAACAUACUUUACAGGGUUAGUUAAUUGAUAGUCUAAUACUGUGUGUGUGUGAUGGUGUAUUGUGAUUUGGUUCAACUGGUCCUUGCUCAUCACUGAAGGUUCAGAUCCAGGCCUAGAAGUCGCUCCUCGCCACAGGGUGGUGGUAUACAACCGACCUACCCUCAAACUUCACUGAGACUGAAUGAAGAUGGUGGCAGUUAGUGAGGAAAAAGUAAAAAUUCCAUUUGGAGCUAAGGUUCUAGAUGGUAUUCUGACAAUUCCUGAGGUAAACAGCGUGAAGACAGGAGUUGUUCUCACACAUGGAGCUGGAGGGGACAUGAAUCUGAAGGCCCUGCAGUCUCUGGCCAGCUGCACGGCCACCUCCGGGAUCCUGUGUCUCCGGUUCACCUGUAAAGGUCUGAACCUCACCUACAGGGUCCGGGCAUUCCAGGCAGCGGUAGAUUAUCUGAAAACUCUGGAGAGAUUCUCGCUGAGUCAUGUGUUCCUGGCGGGUCGUUCCAUGGGUGCACGAGCUGCCGUGGCUUUGGGAAGACAGCUGAGUGCCGUGGACGAGGAUGCUGUGCAAGGCCUGGUGUGUGUCUCCUUCCCUCUGCAUCCUCCUGGACAAACUCAUACACAGGUUAAGAGAAGUGAAGACCUCAGAGCGUUGUGUCACGUCCCGGUGCUAUUCGUAUCUGGAACUGCUGACAAUAUGUGUGAGCAGAAACUUCUGGAAAAUGUUUUGAAGCAGAUGAAGAGCCCCAGCUCUGUGCACUGGGUGGAGGAGGCCAAUCACGGCCUGGCAGUAAAGGGAAGGAACGAGGAGUCUGUGCUGGAGGAGGUCAACUCCCAGAUCAUCACAUGGAUACAGAAGCAUGUCUGAAGAUGCUUUGUUAUCAGGACUACUUGUUGGGUGUUUUGAUACUCUUUAUAUUAUACAUCAUAACUUUAUACAUGUAUAUAUGGCAAAAGAUGAUUUGUCCAGUUUUUGUAAAUAAAGCAUUGUAUCUGAGAUGGGUCAGCCAUUGUUUGCUUUGUUCAGUUCAUGUUUGGCACUACAAUAACAUUGCUUCAGAGUGGACUACAGGACUGGACCUAGCAAACUCUCAUCUUCAGCAGAAAAAGGAUCCACACUUGACCCUUUUGGAAGGUUAAUGACGUCUAGAUCUGCUUCGAGUGGAGCAAAUGUUUAACUCUGUCUUUGAUUCCAACUUGUUUAAGACAAGCUGUGUGUGUGCAUUUACACAUCUGUGUCAGCAACAGGUGCAGUAGUUUAAUGUAUUUAUUAGGAGGGAUAUCCACAAACAUUUGGACAUUCAGUGUAUAUUAGGAAACACUACAUUUUGUUCAAUUUCUUUAAAAAAUAUGGUUACAAAUGAA